AUGAAUGAGUGCAAUCUUGUUUUUUUAGCACAAUCAUUACGCAAUGCAAAUCUGAAUACCAAUGCAAAAUGGAUACAGAGUGGUACUACUGUCUCUAGAACAACUGGACGCGGGAGUGGAAUGAAUCAGCUCGACAGUCCAAAUGGUUUGUAUGUUGAUGAUGAUCAAACUGUGUACAUUGCUGAUUGGUCGAAUCAUCGUCUUGUUGAAUGGAAAUGUGGUUCGACGACCGGCCGAGUUGUGGCCGGGGGAAAUGGAUCAGGAAACCGUUCUGAUCAGUUGAAUGCUCCGGCAGAUGUGAUUAUUGAUAAAGAAGGAGAUGGUCUUAUUAUUUGCGAGUACGAAAAUAGAAGAGUCGUUCGAUGGCCUCGUCAAAAUGGUGCAAACGGAGAAACGAUUAUUUUAAAUGUUCGAUGCUUUGGCUUGGCAAUGGAUGAUGAUGGAUUUCUCUACGUUGCUGAUUCAGACAAACAUGAGGUGAAACGAUAUAGAAUGGGAGAAAAUCAAGGAAUAGUGGUUGCAGGUGGAAACGGACAAGGAAAUCAACUCAAUCAGCUGGUUAAUCCGAGACACGUAUUUGUCGAUCGAGAUCAUUCAGUUUACGUAUCAGAUUUGGGUAACCACCGCGUGAUGAAAUGGGCGCAAGAUGCAAAACAAGGUAUAGUUGUGGCUGGUGGUCAAGGUCAAGGAAAUAGCCUGACACAAUUAUCAUCUCCUUUCGGAGUUGUCGUGGAUCAUUUAGGUACUGUGUAUGUGGCUGACAACGGGAAUCAUAGAAUAAUGCGUUGGUCUCAAGGAGCCCUACAGGGUAGUGUCAUCGUUGGUGGAAAUGGUCAAGGAAAUCAAUCGAAUCAACUCUAUUGUCCAAGAGGUUUGUCAUUUGAUCUAGAGGGCAAUCUUUACGUAAGUGAUAAUGGAAAUAAUCGAGUACAAAAGUUCAACAUUGAUCGAAGUUGA